CAGACCAGCUGCAUAUGUGCAUAAAAGUGUCUUGUAAGUAGUCCAAGCAAACAGGUUUCAGAUAAGCUACCAAGGCGACGGGCAAGUGUCGAUAACCCCGAGCCUAUAACUAGCUUGCGGUAGGCAUUCACUUCCAUGACGCCUCUAUUAAUACGCACAGCAUGGAGGCGAAACUGCGCUGUCAAUUGGCAUCUUGCCCGCGAACGGGCUGUGCGGAGCUGAUAGCAGCGACGUGUUGCACUUUGAUCGCUCGAUGCUCGGCGCCUCGGCCUAUGCUCACUGAGAUCACUUUGGCUCUUGUCAGUCUCAAUUGCCGAUUCGGAUGGAGGCAAUGUCGACCUCCGACGCGAGCUAUAGCAACUUUAGGGAGCUGGACGUUAGGCGGCGCCGCCCCGCGUUACUCCAAAUAGAGUUCCAGAGACGCUGGAACCUUCGCACCAUCUAUGAACUAAUGCGGGUCAUGGACACGGCCAACGCAGACACCACUGUCCAGGUGGUGGUGCUAUCCGGCGAGUUAUCCGUGGGACCGCACGAUCCGUUGCUGCUGGAGCAGGGAAAGGUGAAGAGGCACCGCCAGUUGCCUAUGACAAAGGAAACACUAGCAGUCAGCGGCGACGAUGCCGAGGAUCGGUAUAUUCACGAAAAGUCGGCCAACUUUGUGAUGCGCUCGCUGGCCAAGAAGAUGCUGGCGCAGCGCAAGCUGCUGGUGGCUUUGGUCCAGGGACGAUGCGUUGGCCUGGGCCUCAGCGUGUGUAGCCUGUGUGAUUUGGUCUAUGCCACGGAAGCCGCCGUCUUCCUGCCCGCCCUCUCGCACCUGGAUCCCUGCGCCCAGGCGGGCCCCUUCUGGACGCUGCCACACAUCCGCUGGCUGCUCCACCUGGGCGAGCAGGCGGACGCGAGGACCGCGCUCCAUUGCGGCCUGGUGGCCAGCGUCGUGAGCGAGUCGCAGGAGUUCUGGGACCGCAUGGAUCAGUAUUCGCGUCUGCCACCGUCCGCGCUGAUGGCCACCAAGCGGCUCCUGCUGCGCCAUUGGCGGCAAUCCAUGCUGACCGAGCUGCGACAGGAGGGCACACCGAUGGCCGCGCAGGGACGACGCCUGGCCAGAUCCAAGCUGUAGUGGGGAGUCGGAAGACGAAU